UGUACAGCCAGAUAUCUUAUAUAGCCAGAUACUGACUGAGACUGUAAGAAGUGCGUACGUCGUUUCUAUUUUCCUUUCCUUACCCAAUAAAAUCGGCACAGUGAGAUGAACUACUAGUUGCAGUUGUUAUAUUUUUUAGAUUUUUUCAAAGAUUUGAAUGUUUCUCCGACCUCCUCCGCUCGCACUAGUUGUUCUAGUAGUGCGGAGAAGUAAUUGAACAAACAGAGGAAUUACUUAUCGAUUUUUUGAAUUUAAUGUCUGUGAUGCACAUGAAUGAGUAAGUCAAUCAAUAAACGAAUUAGUCAGUCAAUCCCUUUACUAGUUGUAUUGAUUUACUAUAAUAAGCGAUCUGAUACUAGUACUGAACUAGAACUUCCUGAACCUGAUCGAACUUCAACAUCUCUAAGAGCUCUAAUAUCUACAACUGAAACUGAAUCGGAGUGAAAAAUAAUGAUAAUAAUUUAUUUUGAAUAAGAAUAUCGAUUAUAUAUUAUGUUGUCUGCGUCUUUAUCUGCCUCACCAGGAGGAUUUUCUCCUUCUCGUGGCUCACCUGGGAUGAGCGCUGGAGGCGCAGGCGAGGUGCGUCCGAAGGCUCUGGUGUUGGGUAACGGUGUGAUGGGUCUCACGACCGCUUUUGAGUUGGCAAAACAGGGCUUUGAAGUCACCAUGGCUACGCAGCAGCCAGAUAUUUACACGUCCAAGAUUAAGGCUCGAUGCAAUUCAUUUCCAAGCAUCGUUCUCUGUGGUUUCUUCCUUGGGAUUCCGAAGAAAUGAAGGGAAGAAGUGAAUUGUUUUGAGCUCUAACAAGAUCUCCAGUGUGGCAGACACGGAUCGCAUUUCUUAUGAUCAGAAUCAGUCGCCCUCCUGUAUAAUUCCCGCGGUGAUUUACUCGCUGUAUCUACGUACUCCUUCUAUCCUUAUUUGCUCUUCAGGGCAAUUAUUCACUCGUUUUUUACUUCUAGAUGAUGAUGAUCUAGAUGAAGCUCAUACUUCUGAUGUCCACCGCGAGGUAGAGCUUGACUCGUCGAUCCUUGAUUCAAAACAAAGAGAGACAUUCUGACUCGUCUCAAUAAUAUGAUUUUGAUUUCUAGAAGUUCCUCUUGCACUUGCUCUACUUCUAAUACCAAGCUGUUAUGGAUUCCUGUGCGUCUGCGAUAGCAGGAGGAUGGUGGUACCCAUACCAGUGUGGGUCGACGCCACCGGACAAGGUCGCUCUGUGGGCGUUGUCUACUCUAGAACGGUACGUUGACCAACUCCAGUUCUUCGAAAACCAAUCUUAUGACCAAGCUUAUGACUAGCGCUGGGCCAGACAGUGCGGGGAGAUGAGACCCAAGGGGAGCCCUCCGAGAAGCUGACGGCACGCACCGCGCCCACGCGGUCCAUCGUGUGGCUCACAACCCUGGCCAUAACUGGACGGCGUCGGCUCAUCCGAUGAGUAGCAGCUGGGGCUGGGUGAGGCAUAAACACAAGGGGGGCCACCUGGGCAAGGCCUCAAGGUCAGGGGCUGGCUGCGUGGUGUCCAGAGGGGAACCCUCUGCACCCGAAGCGCCAGCAGGUCGCGGCCAGGCGGCCGCCCUCCCCAGGUCGGGGGGGUUCCUCUCUCUCUCUCUCUCUCACUAGCGAAGUAUUUAAUUGAGUAAGCCUGAAGAUUACAUGUUGGACGAUAUGAUUACAUCGAAGUGCAGAAAUUAUAGAUAGUACGUGCUGGACCAACUCCAGUUCGUCGAAAACCAGUCUUAUGACUUAUGACUUGCGCAGUUGUACCACCUCUCUUAUGACUUACUACGUCCUACAAGCUCCACCUCUAAGAAUUGAUCAUGAUGAACGAGUUGGAUAACACGAAGGUUGUGAAAGACGGAGCCGUUCUGGGACAGUGCGUAGAGGAAAUUCCUUCGCUGAUUGUGCGGUCUCGCGAGGCGGAUGGUCAAGAUCAUGACUCGUCGGAAGAGGACGAGAUGAACGUUACGGGUAGGUUCCUACAGGUGCUUUUCUUACCGCUUUUUAUGCCUCUCUCCCUUAGGGGGAGAAAGGCAAAAGAUGAAGUGGGGCACGCAUGGCGCGUCAGGCCUAUAUGCUUACCUUGCCACAGGUGAGCCAACUCCUAUCCUAUCCUAAAAACCUACCUCCUCUAAGAACGGUGGGCCAUCACAUCAAAAGAAGGCUUCCUCCAUGAUGUGGACGAAACAAAAGCAGUACCUGCACAAAUUCCGGAAGAACCUGACACGUGACGCUGCCGAGAGACUGCUUUUCGAGUACUUUCGAAAGAAAGGUGCCCGUUGGGAACGUAUUGAGGAGGACGCGCAGCAGCCCCUGUUCAAAGCAGGCAAGAUUUCGAAAAUGGAAAAACAAAAAAUGUACACUCUGGAUCAGCUGCGCGAACAGAAGAAGGCUAGAAUCGCUGAGAAGGAAGAGGAGCGCAAACGAAUCGAGGUUGAAGAAGAAGAGCAGCGAAAAGCCGAAGAGCAGGCAAAGCAAGAAGCUGCAGAUGGUGCUGUCGCUCCAGAUGUCGGACAAGGGGGCACUGCUAAAAAUGGUGUCGCAGGAGGAGCAUCAGCUCCGUCCGGUCGUGCGCUUCCUGCACUGCAAGGUGACAAUGAGGACGGGUCCAAAGUGCUGCCAUUGUCACGGCAGGACAAAAAAAAGCUCAAGCUGGUCAGUGACGCGUUUGCGCAGGCUAAGGCUGUGAAGGAAAAACGGCCUGGCGCACGAAAAGAAAAGAUGAAAGGAAUGAGCCCUGAGGAGAGGAGCGCCUUCUUGCAGAACGAGGGACGAGGCAACCUGCACGACCUAGUAGCUGCGCACGAACAGUUCUGCCCUGAGCUUCCGACGGGCUUCUUCAACGCUGAUUUCUUCGUGUCCGUAGUGGUAGACACGCCCUUGUACCUGUACAACCUAGAGAAGAUUCUGAAGAAGUUGCAAGUGAAAAUCUUCCAUGACUGCAAACUCCAGAACGCAAACGAAGUGCUGGAAGUCCUUGAAAAAGGCCCACGAGUGUUGAAGGAGCGGCAGAAAUAUCAGCGUGGCUCGCAAAAAGAGGGCUACGGCGCGGGAAGCGGCUCUCUUCUCGAACGAAUACCUGGCGUCGACGACGAUGUUGAUGACAAAGUGGACUUAAACAUCAAAAAUGGCGCUUCGUCGACGAAACGCGCACACCAUUUUGAUUGUGUGGUGAAUUGCUUGGGCCUUUUCGGAGCAGAAGUGAAAGAGCUCCUUGACUUAAGGCUUCCCGUAAUCGUCCAUCUUGAGAGAUAUUAAUUAUCCUGAAAGCGAUUUUAUCCAUUCAUAGGAGAAAAGGCCCUCAUCUCCAGAAUGUACCAUCUCAAUAAUCAUCUCAAUAAUCAUCCAUUAUUGCUACUUAUAUAAUCUCUAAUUCUUGCCGAGGAUGUAGACCCUAUAUGCAGUAGGAAAGAGCCAGUCGUGCGCAAAGAAAACGCGUCGCAGCGGUGGCAGCGGAUGCUGGACGAUCAGAUGCGACGCAUCGCGAAGGAAAGUGAAAGCGGCCAACCGCGAAGCGGACCACGAGUGCUCCUACCACCUUCCAUGAUUAAGGCGCUCGAUACCACGGAUAGAUACAAUACAUAGCGAUUGCUUCGUUAUCAUACAAUACAUACUUGAGUGUGGCAUCCGGUUGGCGCACCGACUUUCGCGCGGACCUGUAAACUAAGUAUGCCCUAUACUAGGGAAUACAGGGCUAGCAGACUGAGUUGAAAUUGCUUCGUUAUCAUUUCGAUCUUAGGUCUAAGAAUUAUACCUCCGUACUAGAGUCUUUCUAAUAUGACGUAUGAUGACAUGGUCGGAGACGAUGAGGACCGGGUCGACGCUUUGAAAGCCGAAGUUGUGCCUUCUUAUGGCGGCAUCUCCUUGUACCCGCGGCCGCACGGCGUGAAAGUUGAGGGGCGGCGCCGAUUUCCGCCGUAUGCCUGUGUGAAGAUCUCGGCGCACGACGGGAUGGUAGCCAGAAAGCACAUGUUGACGGAACUCUUUCCGGGCUACGUCAUUCCUAGGGGAGAUUUCGUCGUGUGCGGAGGCUCUUGUGUGCAGAAAGGACGCUCCCCUGACGAGGACGCAAAGAUUGAGCCGUUUUUUUAUAAGAAAUUGGGUCUCGGAAUCAUGAAGAAAUUGAAGGGGAAAAAGAACACAGGUGCUGCAGUUCUCUCGCUGGCUGAAUCCGAGCAAGUGCGACUCGCGCAAGUAGCAGAAAACUUUCUACCCGAAGCGCUUGGCGGCCGGGGCCUGGACGAAAAAAUGCCCAAGGAAAAGUCUGAAGUACAAAUAGAUUGUUGUAACUGACAACUCAUCAACAUGAAGAUCUGGAUAGUUUGUCUACUGUAAGUUUCUCUACUGUACAUCAACACAUUCAUUCAGAUGCAUGAAGAUUUACUUGUGGGUGUGGUCCUCACAGAAUCAGAUGAUAUGUCCCAUGAUUCAAAAUCAAAUUCACACUCAGUUGUAUUACAGUCCAAAAUUCUUUCCUUCAACAAUACAGCCUUUAUUCCACAAGAUCGGAUUGCGACCCGUCCGAGAGGCAGGCGUAAAAUGCGAUGUGGACGAUUUUAUGUGUGCGCGACUGGACACCGUUUGGGCUGAUAACUACGGACAUGGCGGAGCGGGGUGGACCAUGUUUAAGACUGAAGGGUUAGAAGUUGCACAAGAAUAGGAUGAAUUGAUUGAUUUGGAAAUCAAUAUUUCUCACGGGAUGGUGAUAGACUAGUCAUCUCUCAAUCCAUACAUAUCUCUCAUCUUGUUGAAUCUGUAUCUGAAUCAAUUUUUCAAGUAGAACUCGUUCGUAUCGGUCUCUUUUGUACUUUUGUACUAGUUGUAUAUUAAUAUAAGUAUAUCCUUACUAGGUUCUUGUACCAGCGCACGGCUCGUCACAUCUAGAUGCAGCAGUGUUGUACACGAUUCGUCACAUCUAGAUGCAGCAGUGUUGUACACGACUCGUCACAUCUAGUUGCAACAGAGUUGUACUAUCCUUUUCAGCCUCUAACCUCUGCUGGGGAUGUGCAGAGGAGCUGGCCGCUGCUGUCUACAAGACGGUCAUGACUCGGAAAAAGCAAAAUAAGGUAACUGGAUCAGCUGAUCUUCUGGACGCACAGAGGGGAUCUACUUCUUCAGCUGCCGUGAAUGGUGGAAGCGGAUCUCCGAUCAUAAUAUCCUCGGAGAGACCAGCUGCAACAGCGUCAAACCGUAACCGACAAGGAAUAAGCAAGCUCAAUCUGGCGAAACUAGGGUAAGUUGGCGGAACUUCUAGUAUAGGUAAAAUGUCGGCGUCCAACGGUGUAAUAUAGCCGUGCUGUAACCGAAGAACCAAGUUCGUCGAACUCUCAUAAAGAACCAAGUUCGCCGCUGGUUAAAACUACUACAAACAAGACUCGUGUUGCUGUGGUGAAUGCAGAGAGACGAUGACGAUGCAAAUAAUACCUUCUCAACGAACACAAAUAUUUUUAGUCCACGACCUGACGGACUUGUC